AUGGACCCUCUCACAGACCCUGCAGAUUGGGAUGUUGAGGAGGUUGUGAAAGUCCUUUGCACCUCGGAGUCUCGCCCAUGGGCCGAGGCCUCGAACGUUCCUUAUCCUAAACUCGACGACUUCGCAAAAGCACUUCACGAGAACUACAUCACCGGCGAAAUUCUACUCGAGGAGCUUGACAAGGACUCUCUGAGAGACGAGCUGGGAAUCAAACCCUUGGGUCAUCGAUCUGGUAUUAUGAAAGCUGUUGAGUGGUUGCGGAGCCGAUCUGCGAAGUAUCAAGCCAAGAAUGCCCAAUUCCAGCAAAGUACAUUGGUAGUCUCUACAGAGGAGAGAGAUUCUCCCACUCCAAUGGCUAUGUCGCUCGGACCCACUGCUCAGGCACCAGGCACUUAUCCCCCUCAAACACCUAACACAAAAGAAACUCCGAGGAGCCCGCAAGCGAAACGCCGAAUUCGACCUCAGCUAAUCAGCACAAGUGGAACAUGUACGGCCUUGAAUGAAUCUACAAGUACAUCUCAGGAACAACCUUCUUCGGUAACGGAACACCAGGCAUCGAGAACCGACCAGGUCCCUGCACCCAAGGGCGCUGCCGUGACAACGGAGACGGACAAAGGCACAUCGAGCGCACCUAUCUCCACGGCUCCCGGUAUAACUGGCGUUGAACAAGCAAAAUAUGAAGGGAUGUCAAAGCCCUUGGCUUCCACACUCGAAGGGGAUUUCUACCAACAACUGCUUAAGAGGUAUCCACCCGGUGGUGAAGGUUCCGACCUUCUGCCUGUCUAUGGGGAUUCUGGAUCUGAAGGAGAGUACGAUGAUUCGACCCUGGAGGAGAUUGAAGAUGAAGAAAGGGACCGCGAGGAAGCUCGGACCCAGUCAAACGCGGGCGAACAACCAGCACUCCCCAGCCUUUCGCGGGAGGAGCGUCUGCUCCUGAUAUCGCAGCAUGUUACCGCGGGAAAUGCGCGCUGGGAGGAGACUCGUUUACCUAAGAUACUGCACAAGGCUCGGCCAAUGUGGCUGGAAUCUGAGAGACUUGGCACUCGCGCACAAGACAAGCAGGAUCUCGCCCAAAGUAUCGCCUCACUCGAGACACGCAUGGGCAAACUCCAGAAAGCGCUUUUAGAGGUUGACUACCACGACAGCGCUUCGUUUCUCAAAGCAUGUGCAAACCUUGAUCCUACCAUACAUAACAUGUGCCUCGAGAAAUGGAACCUUGCAACCUUGGAGUGCGACCAAUGCCCAGAUCCAGCUCAGCCGCCGCCAAAAACUCCUCGUACAAGGAAGGAGAGGCCUCGUCCCCAAGAGGAUGAAAGUCUGACAUCCGAGUCAGAUCCGGACAGCGGAGAGGAGAUCGCUUCUAACGGAAUCGAAAACGAUGAAGACGAAAGCAUGCCUAUCGAAGGCGACGAUGACGUUGGAAAUGCAAAGCACCAAGCGUUUCUUGCGAGACUGCCCUUCUCUUUGGAGUCGUCUUCGUCUGCUUCUCCUCGGAAGAAGCGACGGGUCCAUUUCGGAGAUAAAUCACAAGAAGACGAAAGUGCAUCUGAUGCAGAUUCUACUCAGCCGGAGACAUCCAACCCAGCCAAGGAAGAGGAUUUGGAGAUUUCGACCCCGCCCUUGAAUGCGGUUUCACGGGUAAGUUCGACAAAGACAGCCCAUCUUGACUGUCUGCCAACUUCGAAGCUAAACCCACCCAUGCAAAAGCUCAAGCUGUUAGGGACACGACCCCCAUACCCCGACGAAAUAGCGCCGAUCUUUGGGGAGAAUAAAAGCCACGACCCUGGCGAUUCGACGCCCUGCCCUGUCAAUGACAUAAAUAGGGUCCCCGAGCCCCACGAUACGGUACUUCACAUGGACGUUGACCCGGCAUUGUUCGACAUUGUCUCCCGUGCAGAACCUGCAGACCUUGCGGCAUCCCAGAACCGUCUUCAUCUGCUGGCCUGGACUAUAACCGGACUCCAGACCCACGAACCCGGCCAGAUCAUGAAACACCUGGAAGAUUAUUUGCCAGCUCACCUCGCCGAUAAUGUCCAUGAGGCUUUGAUGGCCAUGCAGCAAAACAAAUGGCACCUAGAGGACAGAGAUGAGGCUGAGUCAAUGACAAUACUCCGCCUGGGAGCGCUCUACCUUUCUUGGUAUCACUGUAUGUUCUUGCAGAGUCAAGGCAUCAAUCCGCUGCACCUUCAAGGGACAAUUGAUGCGCUUGAAUCGAGCGAGUUCGAGUCCAGGUUUCCCGAAUUUCUGGAUACACUGAGAAGGUUAUUCUCCGCCUAUGAUAACUGGCGCGUGCGGAAGCCGAAGUCCUCAUUGACUACUAGUGGUAUAUCUCCCAUCCCUUCCAUCGUGUCAAAUCCCAGAGACUCAAGCUCUCGCAACAGACCUGCUACCUCAAUCUCUGCCAAAAAACCAAAGACGAAAUUCGCACCAAGAUAUCUGAGUGGGAUGCAGAAAGAAGCAAAGUUGAGACAAGACAGGCAAGAUGCUUUGCGAAAGGACUUAAUAGAACGAGGCCUGAGCAACCACGAUCCUCAUAAGCAAGCCGUGACCUUGAAAGAUCCAGUUAUCUAUUUGCACAGGGAUAUUGGUAAGCUUGUCAAACCCCAUCAGCUUGCGGGUAUUCAGUUCAUGUGGCGGGAGUUGAUGGAGCCCGAAAGAGCGCAAGGCUGUUUGCUUGCCCAUGUCAUGGGUCUCGGAAAGACAAUGCAAGUGUACGUGGCCCUAUAUUGA